AUGAUUGGCGGUACCCAUGCGCAGUAUCCCCUCCACUCUGCGGUCAAAGACAAAGACUCAUCGCGCGAGCUGUAUGUACGCGUGAGUUCUCGCCGCCGCCGCCUCGCCCCACCACCGCCCGCACCACCCGCUCGCUCACUCAGUCGCUGCGCGCCGCACGGCACAUCUUUGUUCAAGAAAAUGUCAAAGAAACGAAAGUAUGACGAGUCUUAUGUUAACUUUGGGUUUACUUUCGUGACUGAACGUGAUGGAACUCAAAAACCGCAGUGCUUUUUAUGCGGAAAAGUGCUUGCUAAUGGAAGUAUGAAACCAGCAAAGUUGUCAGAACAUCUUAAAACUGUCCACCCUGGAAAUGUAUGUGACAGCAUUGAUGACUUUCGUACUAAGAAGGCUCGGUUUGAAAAAGCCGGCACUUUACCUAAAUUAGGAUUCACCCCGACACAAAAACCAUGUCUUGAGGCAUCGUACAAGGUUGCUUACCGUAUUGCUCAGCAAAAGAAGCCACAUACUAUCGCGGAAACAUUAGUGAAGCCUUGCGCACUGGAUAUUGUGGAACUUGUGUGUGGUAAGAAUGAAAGAAAGAAGGUUGAAGCUGUUCCCUUAUCAAACGAUGUUAUUCAUUCUAGAAUUGUUGAAAUGUCGUCAAAUGUUUUAAAGCAGGUUAUUGAAGAAUUGAAUGCUUCACCGUUUCCGUUCAGUAUGCAAUUGGAUGAAAGCACCGAUGUAUCACAAUGCAGCCAACUCUUGGUGUUUGUCCGUUAUGUAAAACAUGAUACGCGUAGUAUCAAAGAGGAGUUUCUUUUUUGCGACUCACUUUUAGAAACUACGAAGGCUUCAGAUGUCUUCGAAAUGAUAAAAAAAUUUUUCAUCGCACAAAAUGUAGACUGGAAGACUAAACUUGGUAGUAUAUGUACCGAUGGAGCUCCCGCGAUGCUUGGUAAUACAUCUGGUUUUGCGGCUUUGAUCAAGAAAGAGUGCCCUCAUGUUAUAAUCACUCAUUGUGUCUUGCAUCGACAUGCCUUGGCUUCACGAACUAUGCCUACUUUUUUGAAGGAAGUUAUGUCUACAUGUGUCAAAAUAAUUAACUUCAUCAGAGCAAGAGCCUUAAACCACCGCCUGUUUAAAAAGCUUUGUCAAGAAAUGGGUUCAGAACAUGAAGUACUUCUUUACUACACAGAAGUUCGUUGGCUGUCAAGGGGACAAACGUCUUUUGAAGGUUAUUUCAGCCCAGAGUCGCUUGAAAAAGAAACAUGGGUGCGGAGCCCAUUUUUAAUCGAUAUUGACAGCAUUAGUGAUGAAGAUCUUAUUAAAGAUGAUCUAAUUGACAUGAGAUCAAAAGAAGUUUUGAAAGCUGAAUUUCAGGCAAAAGAUCUUGGCGACUUUUGGGGUUCCUUAAGUCAAGCUUACCCUCUUCUAGUCAAGCGAGCUAUGUCCAUUUUGAUACCGUUUGCUACUACGUAUCUUUGCGAGGCAGGGUUCUCGAUUAUGAUGUCAAUAAAGACAAAAAGUCGCAAUCGGUUGAACGUCGCAGAUGACAUGCGACUUGCCUUGUCGAAGACAGUCCCACAAAUUAACGUUCUCAUUGAGGCCAAACAACAGCACCCUUCUCAUUAA